UUUCACGAGAACGUUACCGGCUGCCGGUUGUUCAGUCGCAUUCUGUCGCAGCUCGAAGCAAUAUGUCUGUGAACCGGAAAAACAUGACGAACCGAGCAUAAAAGUGUGUACGAAAGCGAAAGCCGCCAAGUGCGCAACGUGAUUCGUGUUGUCAAAAGUAUCACGCAGAUGAUUGCAACAUUUAAAAGUGGAUAAAAAUUCAUGAAAAGUGAAAAAAGUCCAUUAAACAAAAUAAUAACAGCUGUGAGUGAACGUCGUGCAAAGGAAGUGUGAUUUAAAUUAAAGCUUUGCGCCAAAAUCUCCGUGUGUCACACAUCGCUCCCGACCACCAAUCCGGUCUGACAUUUGGAUUUAUAUGGAUACCGUUACAAACCCCGGAAGGAAACAACUCAACACAAUGGCAACAGCUAUGAUUUUCACUGCUGCCACGCUGUCUUUAGUGAAAGAUUCAUUUGCCAUUCCAAGUGGACACUUUCCAGAUAGUAACUUUCUAGAGGAAGAUAGAUAUUCGCCCGGGUUCCUGACACUCGGACAAAAGUAUAGCAUAGCGAUUGGUUCCACCGUAGUAUUACCAUGUAAAAUUAAUGAGACAGAAAACUCUAGCCAGUAUGUCCUAGCAUGGAAGCGUGACAUUGCCGUGCUAACUGCUGGCAAUGUCAAGGUAACGGUCAACCCAAGGAUUCGAUUGAUGCCGGUUCAGGCCCAUACUGAUCCGCACGGUGCGCUGUCAACCGGAUACAACCUAGAAAUUCGAGACGUGCGCAACUCGGACGCCGGUGACUACAUCUGUCAGAUCGGUUCGAUGGAACCGAAAGAGAUAGUACACACGCUGGAGAUAUUGGUACCUCCGAAAAUUGACUACAUUUCACCGGCCAACAAAAUGGACAUUCACAAAGGCGCACCCAUACGCAUGGAGUGUCGGGCAUCCGGCAAUCCGGCCCCCAAAAUCGUUUGGUCAAGAAAGAACAACGUGAUGCCAAACGGGGAGGCCAAUAAAACAGGCAAUGUGCUCGACAUACUGCACGCUAACCGACAUAGCAGUGGUCACUACAAAUGCACUGCAGAUAAUCGGGUCGGUCAAGCUGACACUCGAGAGGUUUUCGUGAAUGUGUUGUAUCCUCCAGAAAUUGAAGUCGAACAGCCGAUCGUGCACAGCGGAAUCGGCCACGAAGCUCAGCUGGUGUGCAUCGUACAUGGCGAGCCUACGCCGAGCGUUGUCUGGUACCAGGAUACAACUCAGCUCGGCAUUACAGAACAGUUCUCACAACAGAACCGUGGAAACAAGUACAGUCUCGUCAUUCGAAAUGUCACAUACUCUGACAUCGGCAACUACACCUGCCAGGCAUCGAAUGCGCUUGGCAAGGACCGAGGCACACUAUCCCUUAGCGGGUUACCGACGCUAUGUUACUUUGACUCGCCCACGCUGAGCAGCUAUCGAGAUCAGUACAACAUUUCCUGGACCGUGCAGAGCUACUCGCCCAUCCGCGAGUACCGUCUAUUUUUCCGGCUUGCCUCGAAAGGCAUGCACCUUUUGCACCACGAAAAACCCCUUGACAAUCACAUCUACAGCGAUCGGGCGGCGGCGGCGGCGGCGGCCAACAGUCACCUGUACAACAGCCCAUUCAGUGGCAGCGUCAGUGCCCACGGUGGCGACCAGUGGGAAAACGUUGUCAUACCGGAGAUGAAUGAUUACGGUGCGCCCAAUCAUUUCUUCAACAUGGCACCACCGUACGCUACGUACCACCAGCCCACCACAAUUCGGCACCGGAUGAGCUUCCAGCUGAAGAAUCUCAAACCGGCCAGCAACUACGAGGCGCGGGUGCAGGCGCGAAACGAUCACGGCUGGAACAAGCUGUCGAGUAUAUUUCACUUCUCCACUCGUUCGGAAGUAGAUAUGGAGCUGGAACCGUCCGCCCAACCAGCCGUCCACGGUGCCGGGCUGCUAGAUAAGGGAUUGCUGAGCAGCAGCAGCAGCAGCGAUACUAGUACGAUCGCAGGCACUCAUUUCCAUAAAUCAUGGACACUUUCCAUUUUCAUCGUAUUAAUUACCACACACCUACUGCCGUCGCUGCGUGCCGCCUUAUCGGUGGUGGCGGUAUGAUUUGCGUAUCUUCCACUUUCCAUUCCAAUGAAUCAUUGAAAACUCGCUACAUGGAGCUUCCCCAUUGCACGCCCCCAUCCCUCCCCCCCGCCCCCAGCAACAUCAUCUCGCCACAUCCGCUCUUCAGUACACCAUCGAAGCUCGACCAAAAAUCCACCGAAUAUUUCCUCACCGGAAAGGCCCAGGCUCCAUACUGCUACACUACUACUGCGUGCGUUGUGGAACCGCAGGUAUGGAAACAUAUUAUCAACAGCAACCACUAAUUUAUGGGCAACAGAAUUUUCAAGCAUGCAAUCGACGAUACUCAAUUUCAAUUUGCCAUUAAUCUAGUAAAUUAAGUUCAGUUCAUAUACGUGCGCGACGUACUCUCAGCCCUUAUCAUGAAUUAUGGACAAAUGGGGCAGUUGUUGCGAUUACGAUGUCAACAAAAUGCUGGAUGCUAAGAACGAACGAACCGGAAACACGAAUGCGGUUAGGUGUGUUCAAAAAUAAGCGAUCACUUCGCUUUGUUUUGCUCCAUGGGAGAGCAAGCAACAUUCUAACACAACAUCAUCAGUGGGACAGUUUUCAGCUUGGAACCCAAUUUUGUUUAGUUCUCUUAGUUAGUUUUAAAAUUAUUAUCUUGAACCUCCCCAUAAUUUAAUACUGAAUGAAAUACAUAAGCCAAAGUUUUAGUUGAAUACUAUCUUUCAACACACAACACGACCCCGUAAUCUCACAAAAGACAAAUUAUAACACUAAUUACAUCAACGCCAAGAGAGACGUUCGAAAUGAGUAAUGUAAUAUAUUGACGCAUCUAGCAAGUAAUAGAAGGAAGGGAUGGUGGAUGGUAGGCGAAUCAAAGGCUAUUAAUUAAUGAACGAACAACGUGCUAACGGAAACAAUCUUUCCCUCGAAAUGCUGUGUACAUGUAAUAAAACGGAACACACAUCUGUAUGUAUUUUACUGUCGAAAUGUGGUUAAAAAAUGUACAAUUCUCAUUCUGCAUAUCGCUUCCACAAAACGCGCAACAAACCACUGUACUGUAGAUUACAGUGGAUUCAUUCUGAAAAAAAAACUUAUACAACUUAUUGCAACCCAAUCGAAGAGGCAAAGUGUGAGUCAUAAACCAUGCUGAUUAUUGUGCGUAAAUAUAGACAACAUAAUCAUUUCUUACCAUGAUGAACUUAUCACACUAGCAGAACAAGAGAGACACAGAGAGAGAGAGAAAGAAAGAGUACUUCAUAUACAGUACGUCCAAUCUUCACGAGUAUGUGUAAAUAGAGCUUUUAGCAACGUAUAUUCCUUCCACACUACUCAGCUGCUAAAUGCACUGGAACGCACCGUCAGUCCAGAACAGACACUGCAAGUUUAGCUACUGCUCGACUGGCAAAUGUUUUGGGGGAAUAAUAAUUUCGUUGUCAUGUAAAAAUAAUUUAUUUUACGGGACCACAAACGGAGAGAAUCAAUUACAGCAAUCGACAUUGAGAAAUAGAUAUCGAUAAAACAUAUAUAAUGCGCUCGAAGAACAAAACAAAUCAAAAUCACAUGUUAACAUUCCAAACAUAAACUAACAAAAAGGUAUAAUUUAAAAGAUAAUCCUCAAAAUGUAACACAUGAUACGGACACAAUGAAUCAUGUUAAUUUUUUUUGUAUGAAUCAUAUUACUCUCCGUACGCUUGCAGUCGGGUGAGAACAAUAUUCUGCCAUGGAUGUUUAUCGUGUUUAGUUUGAAUUUAAUUAUCACGCCCAUUAUACCACCACGUUGCACAGGAGGACCAAAGAAGUUGACUACGAGUUCCGAUCCGAUUAAAAUUUAGCUUAACUUCUGAUUCUUCAAAUUAACACACACAUACCCUCUAGAUCACGCUCUACAUGCUCGGCACUUGUUUUUGAGAUCUGAGUUUUUUUUUUUUGCUGUAUACCUUAUUUAUAAUUAAAAGACUUACAGAAAAAAGUCAUGUGUGAUGCACAAUUUGUUUAAACUUCGGGCUUUGCCACCUCCGGCACUGGGUCAGUUUUCAGAGCUUUCAGAGCGAGUUGGAGCCUGUUUGAAUAGCAUUCCACAUUCGGCCACUUUCUGCAAAACAAAAAAACACAAAUAGAAGGGAAAAAAGUUGAAAGCAACGUAUGUUGCACAACACAAUACAUUAAAAAAAGUUUAUUUUUUAUUCGUAGCUUUACUCCCGACGUACUGCCAACACGCACGGGAAGCGUUACCUGCUCUGACCUGCGGAACGAAAACUUUUUCCGUAAGCUUGGCGUUCAAGAUUUAUAUUCAUACAUGAGAGCAUAACGCUCAUGCGUGCCUGCCUGCUCAAAGUUUGAACCGCGUGCCAUAUCAUUUCGAACACAUGCCAGCAACACCAUAAAUGAUGCUUUCUAUGUUUUAGGUAAUAAAAAAAAACUGCAAUUUCGUGACAAGGCACAAAAAUUGCUCACAACGUUUUUUCUUCUAAUUUUUGCAUAGAGAUUUUAUACGAAACAAUAUUCGGAAAUCUUCUGCGAGAGCUUGCACAUAACAAGUAACACUCUAACUUAAGGGGAUGUGGAAAAGAACAGGACUUUCAGGUGAAAUAAAAAAAAGGAUUCAUUUCAAAACAACCAUCAAAACGAGACAAAUCGCAAAGGCUAGAUGUUACGCUAAGAUCACACUAAAGGACACUAAAACAUGAGGCGUAACAGAUAAGGGAUGUAAGAGAUAUUAUAAACGUUUUAGAAAGAAGAUGAACAUUUUAUUUAUAUUAUCGCCACUCGAUGAAAAGAUCGUAGGAAAAAUAGGAACAUUCAACAUUGAGCCGACGAGACCGCUAGACAGUACCCAGGCAAAUGGUACUAUUUGGCUCAAAACAGUACAACAAACACAACCAAGUACUGAUGUGCUAAUUGCGUCUAAAAGUGAAGAAAGUAGUUAUACAAAACCAAAAAAGCAAAGGCAUCCAAUUGAUUCGAAUGUACGAUAUACAAUACAUUAACAACGAAAAAAAGGGAAAGAAACUGAAAUACAGUUAAAAGAAAUGAAUCGAUCAGUAA